GACUUCCUUAAAGCUAAUUCUCGAAAUACACUUACGUUUCCAGCGUGGGACUGUGCCUAGUCUGGAUGCUGGCUGAACGCAAUGGAGGAUGGCGGCGGUGGUAGCUGUGCCAGUGGCGUCCACAGAAAGUGACCAGGAACGGUGUGGAGCAGAGGAAGAGGUCCGUGAAAAUGAGGCGGAGGAGGAAAACGGUCAGCCACCGGGGCCCACUGCAACGUCUCAGAGCCGUUUGGCCAAAUUGCCCCUGUCCCGUAUUAAAGCUCUAAUGAAAGCUGACCCGGACGUCUCCCUAGCUAGCCAGGAGUCUGUGUUUAUCAUAGCAAAGGCCACGGAACUCUUCGUUGAAAUGAUAGCCAAGGACGCACUCGUUUAUGCCCAGCAAGGAAAGCGGAAAACAUUGCAAAGGAAGGAUCUCGACAAUGCAAUUGAAGCAAUAGAUGAAUUUGCUUUUCUUGAAGGUACUUUGGACUGAAGUGCACAUUUGAUACUGGCAAACAAAUACACCACCACUUCAUGGAUAAGAACAAUUGUGGAAACCAUCAAACUGCAUUUCCCUAAAUGUUGUAUUCAAACAAAAGAUUUUUGAAACAUCCCAAAAACAUUGUAACAAAAAUAAAAAAGUAUCUUUUGAGGUAACUUUUUUUUGGAACAGUCCUAAAACUGAAAUGCGAUAGCUCCCAUUGGAAGAAAGUGCAAUCAGUGUUGUUUAAUCUGUGUGGUUUCAUAGCAUGUUUAUAUAUGUAAAUACUGUUUUAAAAGCUGUUGUCUAAACUUAAAUAAAAUGUCAUUGUGUAAA